CAGUUCGAAUUCGGUCACCCAAGGCACAAGUUGUUGCAAUCCGAACCCCCUUAAAUUGAAAAAAUAAAUUUCUGAAAUGAAGUUUGCAAUAAUAAGUGCAGUGCUGCUUGUUGUCUGCUGGUCUCAAGUGGUCAGCAGUCAUGUCUUUGGUUACUCAGAGCCAAAUCAGCGACGCUGGGCGCGUCAUCAUGGCCUCUGUGCGGGCAAAACGCAGUCACCCAUUGCCAUCACUUCCAGUCAUACCAUACCAGUGCAUAUGCCGGCUGUGGAUAUGAUUGGAUAUCACAACUUGCUGCCGUAUCCGCUGAAAAUGAUCAACAACGGCCAUACGGUCUCCAUUGGCAUACCCAAGGGUAAUGCAAGCGAAGAGCCGUCAGACUUUUUGCCUUACAUACGUGGCGCUAAAUUGCCAGGCGAAUUCGAGGUGGAGGGACUGCAUUUUCAUUGGGGCGACAAGAAUAAUCGUGGCUCCGAGCACGUCAUCAACGAUAUACGCUACACCAUGGAAAUGCACAUUGUGCAUCGCAACAAGAAGUAUGCGACAAUUGGCGAGGCGCUUAAUCAUCCCGAUGGCGCUGCAGUGCUGGGUUUCUUUUUCAAUUUGGAUGAGGAUGAGGGACAGGGCUUGGUGACUAUCAAUCGUCAUUUGCAUUUGAUCGCAGAUGCUAAUCAGGAGGCAGCGCUUAAUGUGACUUUCUCGCUGUCAUCGCUGAUCGCUGAGGUGGACGUGGACAAGUUUUAUACGUACAAAGGCUCGCUGACCACUCCUCCCUGCUCGGAGGCCGUCACCUGGAUACUGUUCCCCGAUCCCAUACCCAUCUCACCCAAACAGAUCUCACGUUUCCGCCAGCUGUCGGACACACAAGAUGGUGCACUCGUUGACAACUAUCGCACACUUCAGCCCGUUGGCAAUCGUCGCAUCUUUGCGCGCACUGGCCAUGUACGUCACACAUCGAUUGCGGCGCUCAAGAGCGAGGGCGACUAUCUCAAAUACGAUUGGUUCUAUUAAACGCUUGCGGCCUUGCGCUGCGGCUUGUGCCAUGCAAUUUUUAGUAUAACGCAUAUCUUAAGCACUUGCAUUUAUUAUUGAACUGUAACAGUUUCUCUCUCUCUCUC